CAAACAAAGAAGCUCCCUCCCUUUCUCCAGCGGUCGGGCUAUCACGCCGUCAAUCUUCCAUUCGCCGGAACAACAGCCGGAAAGAAAAAAGCAACACCACUUGCAUCGACGACAUUACCGGGAAUUAUCUUCCCCGGCGAACCAUGGCUGUUGAUGCCGAAUUUGCAUCGCUUUUAAACAAUUUGAAGGUCCAAGAUCCAUGGCUUCCACCUAGACCUUGGGAAUCCAUACCUACGGAAAGUGGACUCUCUGUCACUUCGACAUCUCUGUCCUCUCCUUCUAGUUCUAGACGUUUCUAUGACACCUCUACUGUUUCUGAGGCUAGUUUGGUGAGGUUGGUGAUGAAUGCUCUGCAAGGUUUACAGUCAUCACUUACAAGCAUUGACAGAUUUUGUGCAAUAUUUCGUUCUGAUCCGACAGACAGAACAUUUCACCGAAUUCCUAGUCUGUGGAACCAGUCCGUAAGUACACUUGCUCUAGAAAAAAUACUUAGAUCCUUAGGUUGCAUGGGAUGUGAAGUUUUCUUACUCCAUAAAUUUGUUAAUUAUUUCACAAAUUUAAAUCGGGAUGACGAUUUGAGAAGCAAUAAUAAAGCUGAGUCAGAACUGGAAGAAAGCAAAAGGUAUCGUGAUGAGGCAGGGAAUGAUUAUCCUCCAUACAGUCUUGUCAACCAGGCUUUUGCAGUUGCUGUUGGAGAUGUUUUGGAAGGUUACAUUGCUGCAUUGGAUACUCUAUCUUCAUCUGUUAGUUUCAGACGGUUAUCAAAUAGCGAUAACACGUCCCGUGCUUCUACUUUGGGGAUUGGCUGUCUUUCCAGUGUUAGGCACUCUGAAGUUACGCUGUUGGAGGUUUACCUUCACACGAAAGAAUUGAGAAGUCAGAUUGAGGUUAUUGGAAGCAUCUGCAACGUGCACAAUCUGGCUCUUUGCUUCUCACUUUCACCCCUUGAGGGUUUCGAGACCCAAACAAAAUUUAGUGACUUUCCAAGAGGUGGAAAUCUUCUCACUUACUUGUAUAUGGAGCUCAAGGUUGCUGAUCCAGUCCACUGUGCUCUUCUCAAAACUCUCUUCACACGCUCAUGUGAACCGUAUUUUGACUUUAUUAGAUCCUGGAUUUUCAAGGCCAAAAUUACUGAUCCUUUUAAUGAGUUCAUAGUGGCUGAGGCUAACAGUCAACAAUCUUAUUCACUUUCUAACACUGGAGUCCUUGUUAACUUCCCGUCAGCCACCAUCAGGGAGCAAGAUGGAAUUUCUGUUCCUUGUUUUCUGCAAGACUUCUUGAUUCCACUUUUUAGGGCUGGUGAGCAGCUUCAAGUACUAAUAAAAUUGCUGGAAUUUUCUGAUGGUGUUGGCAGUUGGAACCGUACUUAUGAGGACUUUCUUCCCUAUUGGAGUAGAAUAUCAAGCUCUCGUUUAUCACAUGCAUCUCAUUUGUUUUUCAGUAAGGAAGGAAUUGAAAUGAUGGUACUUGAAAGGAGACACUACUAUAAAAUAUUGACAGAAAAACUCAAAAAUCAUUUGCCAAACCUAGAAUUUAAAUAUCAUCAGGUAAUUCCACACGAUAUAUUACCCACUUCCGUUUCUACCGGUGGAGGAAGUCUGGAAGUGUCAUUUGCAGCUAAUGAUAGAUGGGUUUCUCCUUCAGCUAAGAAUAUACAUCAAAAUCUGCCUCUUGGUACGGUGGAUUCUGAUGCAUCUAGCAUGACAGAGGACUCUUAUGUGGAGGAUCAGUUGGAACAAUAUGAAUGUUCGUCUAUUGAGAACUCUGGUGAAGAAGUGGUAGAUGAAUCUGAGAAGAUGGUUGACCUUUUUCAUGAUUCAGAAGAUCCAGAGAAAAAGUACUUGUCUGCUUUAGAAAUUAAUUCAGAUACCUCUUCCAAUAUUCUAUUAAAGCCUUCCCAAGGUGAAAGCCGAUCCACCAUGGGAAGUGGUUUACAUGAAUUAUCAAAAAUUUCUGAUUUACCUCGUUAUCCUCUGCAUCCUCAGCAUUCAUGGAUGAAUAUGAAUGGUGUUUCCCUUGAGUUAGAUUGGAAUUUGUCAUGCAUGAUGGAAGGCCCAGAUACUAAUGGUCAGCUUGAUAGUGGAUGGCCACUCAAUUCCAUUGCAAAAAAUCCUAUUAGUAAUGGCAUAGGGAACAUAGAUGAUACAGGGUUAAAUGCUUCUAGGUACAAGCGUGAAAAUAAUCUAAGGUCAGGAGUCCAAGAAAAAAGCACAUCACACUGUGGAGAUAUCAUUCCCACUUGCAGUGACCCAGCAAAAGAAGCUAACAAGUAUCUUCAUCCAUCUGGGGAUGCUUUGAGUUUGAGAUGCUUGAGAUCAUGGGAGGUUGAAUGUGCUAACCUAGUACUAGGGACAAGCAAGCUUCGGAAAAGAUGUUCCAAAGUAUAUUUACCUUCUUUUGACUUUAGCUCCAUAAGAAAUCCGUUUACUGAAUGCGUGGAUAGAUUAGGUAGUUCUGACAGAGGUGGCCAGUUCUUGGUAUCAGCUAAUAGUUCCACUAUGAAAAAUUACCAUAAUAAAGGCCAUGGUGGUGAUGCACUCACUGUCAAGAAGUCCUAUGCACCUCUUGGUUUGAAAAUUGAUCACCAAGAACAAUCAUUGUUACAGAAUGCAACUGGUGGCGGUUGUUGGGAACAUUUGCUUGAUGGCUUUGGCGACACAAAUGAUAUCUGCCCUCGUGAGCAUAAGACCAGUGCGGCUGCAGUUAUUGAGAUACCAUUGGACUUUGUUCUUGAGAAAUGCUUGUUGGAGGAGAUUCAGCUACAAUAUAUUUAUGUCAGUAAGUUGACAAUUAAGCUACUUGAGGAAGGUUUCUCCUUACAAGAGCAUUUACUGGCUUUGCGACGUUACCACAUAAUGGAGUCAGCAGACUGGGCUGAUUUGUUUAUUGUGUCACUUCGGCAUCACAAAUGGCAUGUGAGAGAUGCAGAUAAAAGGAUAUCUGAAAUUCAGGGGCUUCUGGAGCUCGCAGUUCAGAGGUCUUCAUGCGAAAGAGACCAUUAUAAAGAUAGAUUGUUUGUGUACAUGAAAGAUCAAGGAUCCGCUUCUCUUCCUGCUUUUGCAACUGGUAUACAGUCCUUCAACGUUUUGGGCCUGGGUUACAGAGUAGAUUGGCCAAUUAGCAUUGUUUUGACUCCUGCUGCAUUGAAGAUAUAUGCUCAAAUCUUCAGUUUUUUGUUACAAGUCAAGCUUGCACUAUCUUCUUUGACUGAAGUAUGGUGGUCAUUUAAGGAAUUCAUCCACCAGGGCAGUUAUUCUGAUUUACGUAAAUCAAAGGCUUGCCAUUUCAAUAUCAUGGUGAAAUUGAGGCACCAGAUAUUUCAUUUUGUAUCAACAUUGCAGCAAUAUGUUCAGUCUCAGUUAUCACAUGUGUCUUGGUGCAGAUUUCUACAGUCUCUCAAGCACAAGGUUAAGGAUUUGAGGGAUCUGGAGUUUGUUCAUAUGGAUUAUCUGAAUGAUUCGCUAAGCAUAUGUUUCUUGUCGAAUAAUAUGAAAGGGAUAGGCGAGAUUAUUGAAAGCAUUUUGCAAUGUGCAUUGGACUUUGGAUGCGUUGUGAUUGCGUCAAAGAAUUCGGCUCUGAACAUCGAUGAGGUUGUGAGGAUUAAAGAAGCAUUUGAGGAAAAGAUGAGACAAGUGUAUGGAAUGUAUCUCAAGUCUCCUAAGAAUGUAGAGUUUAGUCUCCCAUGCUUCUGGGAAUAUCUCAAUUACAACCAUCAUUACUCAUCACAGUAAUUAAUUAUAUUUAUUUAUUGGAAAUUAA